ACGGUCGUUGCAGUCUCAGUUUCCAAAAUUGUUUAAACAAACAAAUACUAAAAUAGCUUCUGUCCGCUGUAAACAAAGGCCGCGAAACGCUAGUGCAGUUGGCGUUAGCAGCAGCAAUACAAUAACAAUAUGGCUGGUUUCGUAGCGGUGCAUACAGGGGCUGGAAAUUGCAUCGACGAAACCAAAUACCAGCGCGUCAUCAAAGAGGCAUGCAUGCGAGCUACAGAAAUUCUUCGAAACGGCGGCAGCGCCAUCGAUGCUUGCGAGGCAGCGAUAAUGCGUCUGGAGAACUGUGGCCACACAAACGCCGGCUUUGGCUCCAAUCUUUGCUUGGACGGCUCGGUGCAGUGCGAUGCAGCCAUAAUGAAUGGAACCACCUUAAACUUUGGUGCCUGCACCAAUGUUAGCCGCGUAAAGAACCCAAUACAGCUGGCUCGCCGCAUCUGUGACGGCCAGUCGGAUCAACAGCCGCUGGAACGCAUUCCUCCCAUGGUGCUAGCAGCCAGUGGGGCAGAGCAGUAUGCCGAGCAAGUAGGCUGUGCCAUGGUCGAUCCCAAUGUGUUGAUCUCUUCGAAAGCGAAAUUCCAUUAUAAUCACUAUAAGAGCAAAUACGAUCUAGUUGUCGGUGACAGCAAAGCAAUCGAAACUGUCGAGGCUGUCCCUGAAGCGGGCAACGAGGUGGAGCUAACUGCCGCCCUGGACACCGUUGGCGCAGUGUGCGUCGAUGGUGCUGGCAAUACUGCAGCGGGCUGCAGUUCCGGUGGCAUUCUACUCAAAGUACCAGGACGUGUUGGCCAGGCGGCAACUUAUGGUGCCGGCUGCUGGGCCACCGAUACGGAUGAGUUGGCCAUUGCCACGUGCACGACGGGCAAUGGAGAGUACCUGAUGAAGACACUGCUCGCCCGCGAGAUAUGCAAUGGCGCCUUCAGCAGUGAUUGCGCUGUGACCAGUCUGCAUAAGACAUUCAAGCAAAAGUUCUUGGACUCACCGCUGUUGCCGCAACAGCAAGAUCUCUAUGCUGGGGCACUCACAUUGCUGUACUAUCCCAAACAGAGCUGCGGCGAGGUGAUGUGGAGCCAUACGACGCAAUCGUUCUGUGUCGGUUACAUGGCAACCACGCAAAAAGUGCCAAAGUUCGUACACUCUCCGUUGCCCACGUAUAGUGUGCCAGGCAGAUCGUGCGUUGUCAAUGGCCAUAAUUUCCAUUUGCGCAUUUAGUUUGAGGCUAGCCAAAUAGCCGCAGCCAACAGCCAACAGCCAUCAGCCUGCUCUGUCCCAGACACAGCUCCGCCAGCGCUCCUCCUCCAUCGUCAUUUCUUUUGCAAAUUCAUUUGAUUUAAUAUUUAAUUGCCGCAACAAACACUGUCAAUGCAGGCGCGCCGCCUUUCACCCAACCAACGAACCGGCAAAGCCAGCCAGGCUGCAGCCACCACCAAAACCAAAACCAGCAACGACAACGACAACAUUUCAUAUUGCUUUUGUCUCGAUGAAAUAUUAAGAAUCAUUAAAUGGGAACUUUUCAUUGUAUAUCACUAUGUACGUAUGUAAAUAUUGUCUAUGUUUUUAUGUGUACGCCACAACUAGCAAUAAAAUAAGAUUAUUUCGCAUAUAUAUAUACACACAUAUCUAAAACUAAAGCGCAACGCAACUGCCCGCCUCAUAAAUCAGGCGAACAGUGGUCGGAAAACGUGAACAUCAUAUUCUAAUCACACAUUUAGAAUUGAUGACGU